AUGGGCGCUGUAGCCAGAACGACGAACCGAUCUAUGACGCCUCGGAAGCCCAUGACAGCAGCGUCCCUGUCUAGGAAACCAGCAAAACCAAAUGGAAGCAUUCUAAACUUUUUCCAAAAGACGCAGCGCCCCGAAGGGUCUCUUUUUGUCGGAGCUGCCACUGGUUUUACGGGUCAUGUCGAGGACAAUUGCGGGAGAGAUGAUGAUCAACGUGAUGAGUCGACGUCGCCCAACAAGAAGCGAAAGGUCAGCGGAGAGCAAGGAAUCGCGUUGCGAGACGAGGAAAAUUCAUCCUCUGGACAAUUCGAAUGCUCCAAACUCGGCGAUCCAAAAUACCCCAAGAACAAUUCUCGGCUCAGGGUACCUUUUCUCAUGGAUUCUGACAGCGAUGGCGACGAUGGCGACGACGGCGACGGCAACUACGACAACAGACGGGACACGAGUCCUUCGCAUACCUGCAAUUCAAUACCUCAGUCUCUCGACAUCCCUUCCAAACAAGACCUCAAACCAUCAACGUGCAAGCCCCAUGAUGAACAGCACUCAGUCUCUGGAAACACUGCCGGAGAGGAGCAUGUUAGCCCGCUGUACGACAAGUUCUCGGAACUCGAGGGUGAUGCAGAAAUGGACCUUCUAGAUCUAGAUGGUUUCGAAGGCGAAGAGUUGCGAGAAAUGAGAUUUAUGCAGGAACAAGCACGCCUGGAGGCCGAAGAAGCCGGCACUUUAAAUGAGGAUUUCGGUGAAGACUUCUUUAUCGAUGAAUCGGCAACCCAGAGCUGUCCAAUCUGUAAUGGAAACUUGACCAGCCUCUCCAUGGACGAUGCGACUCGGCAUGUCAACUCGUGUUUGGACGGCAACCCAAUACCGUUGCCUAGUCCGAAGCCAGAAAAGCCGAAACGGCCACCGGUAGAAACCCAAGCCGCGGAGAUCAGCAAAAGAUUCGCACGUGCGGCGAUUCCAAGACCAGGUCAAGCAAGCCCUUUCCAACUAGAAAAUGGCACCAAGGCAUGCAGCGCCAAAUCGGCCUUUUCGGAGCUCAUGUCAAACAAAGCUGAAGAUUCUGCAUGGGCCGCCGCCGCCGCCGCCGAGAACGCUUCGAGGGGGCGCCCAGCCUACGAGAGAACAUGCCCUUUUUACAAAAUCAUACCCGGAUUCAAUAUUUGUGUCGACGCGUUCCGGUACGGAGCUGUCAAGGGCUGCAAGGCGUAUUUCCUCAGCCAUUUCCAUAGCGAUCAUUACAUUGGACUUACAGCCAACUGGACUCAUGGUCCAAUUUACUGCAGCAAAGUGACGGGCAGCCUCGUCAAGCAGCAGCUCAGGACUGCCGCAAAGUGGGUUGUGGAAAUGGAAUUCGAGAAGUCAUACGACAUUCCCGGAACAGACGGCGCCACGGUGGUCAUGAUAGCCGCAAACCACUGCCCCGGGAGCUCACUGUUCCUGUUUCAGAAGCCAGCCGAGACCGGUCCGAAGCGAAGAGGGAAGCGAAUCCUACACUGCGGUGACUUUCGAGCUUGUCCGUCACAUGUCAAUCACCCACUGAUGAGACCUGACGUCAAAGACGAGCUCACGGGGAAGCUUAGCCAACAAGUCAUCGACAUUUGCUAUCUGGAUACUACCUAUCUCAAUCCGAGAUACUCUUUUCCCCCACAAGACGAUGUCGUCAAGGCUUGUGCCGACUUAUGUGCCUCUCUCUCGCCGGAUCCGAACUGCAAAGAUGACGUGUGGGAAAAGGGCGCCAAAGAGGAAGGAACACGCGCUGUGAGCAAAUACUUCCAAAGAGAGAAGCAAAGUGGCGAAUCAAAAGACUUGCCAAAGUCGAAGCUGACGUCCCGGCUUCUCAUCAUAUGCGGCACAUACUCGAUUGGAAAAGAGCGGAUUUGCGUUGCCAUUGCCAAGGCCCUCAAGACCAAGAUAUAUGCCAACCCUGGAAAGAUGAGGAUCUGCAAGCAGCUUGACGACCCAGAGCUCUCUGACUUGCUGACUUCCGACCCUAUUGAAGCUCAGGUACACAUGCAGUCACUCAUGGAAAUCCGGGCCGAAACGUUGCAGGAGUACUUGAACGGAUAUAAACCACACUUUAGCCGCAUUGUGGGUUUUCGUCCCACUGGUUGGACCUACAGGCCGCCGAAUGGUAAGCAGAUAACGGCGAAUACCUCGCCGUCCACCAUAUCCACUCAGCAGCUUCUCCACGGCAGAAGUUGGAGGACAAGGUUCGCAUACAAAGAUUUCGUAGCACAGAGAGGGAGCACCAAAGAAGCCAUGUGUUUCGGUGUCCCCUAUUCGGAACACAGUAGCUUUCGGGAGCUAGCCAUGUUCAUUAUGAGCUUGAGGAUAGACAAGGUCAUUCCUACUGUCAACGUCGGGAGUGAACAGUCUAGGAAGAGGAUGAAGGGAUGGCUAGAUCGAUGGUCAUCCGAGAGGAGGCGCGGGGGCCUGACUCAUCCACUAGUGGAAGGUCAAGAUGAUGAGGAUAACAAGAGAACAUUAUUAUUAUGGGACGACAGAUCCGGAAAGGGAGGCGGUGUCUGGUGGUGA